UUCAUUUACUGUUUACAUUUAAUUCAAUUCAAUUAGCUAAUUAUUGUCUAUUUAUUUUCCUUUAUUUUUCUUGUUUAAAUUGUAACUUUUUUUUGCAAAGAUUAACAUGAUUAUCUCUCUUUAUAACAGGUCGAUACCUUUUGUUUCCAACAGAAUAAAAUUCAUCUUUAAUUCAUCUACUAGAAACUAUUCUUGGUUCACAGCGAAAUCUGAUUCCUCAAGAGCAAAAAACCUUAAGGUUCAGGUUGUUUAUGUUCCUGAGAUAUUACCUGAUGGACCUGCUGAUAAUCCGGCAUUAGUUAUGCCAAAAGGUGAACAACAAAUGAUCCAAUUUAAUGACAUAACUCCAAUUUUAUCUUUACGUGCAUUUCUUAAAAAUGUCACUCAAUUUGACGCAAUUUUGGAAGAAUUAAUCUCAGGUGCUGAUAGAUUUUCAUCUCGACAAAUCAUGGAAAAAAUUGAUUUUGCUCUUGUACCAAUGAGAUACAACCUUAGCCUUGCUCAUGUUUUGACUCAUGCUUAUCCAAACGAUUACAAAUAUGGAGUCUUGGAUGAUAUGUAUCACUCGUAUUUGAAGCAUGAAGUUAAUCGUUUUAAUCCAUUAACUUAUCAUACAGCUUGUGAAAUAAUAGAAUCAACAAAAGGUACAAAUAGUUUUGAUGAAUUACGUCAACUUGGUCAGUUUUACCGGUCGAUGGGAAAACUUUACGGCUUCCAUUUAGAUCUUUCAUCUCAAGAAGUUGUGAAUGAACAUUACAUGAGUAUUCAAAAACAUGUCAGCACUUUUAUUUCCAAUGUGAAUAAUUGUAUCAACAAGGAAGCUGUUCUGAUAACCGAUGAAAACAUAAUCAAAGCCUUACCUGAAAGUUUCGUUACUAAAGUGUACAAUAAAACGGGGAUCAAGCUACCAUUGCAUCCAACGGCGUACGAAAUUUUCAUGACCUUUUGUCCAGAUAAAUCAACCAGACGAAAAGUUUGGGUUGCUUACAAUUCUAAGCCCCAGCAACGAGAUUCGGUAAACAACUCGGUGGAAUUUGAAAAAGCAAGAGAUCACCGACAUAAAUUGGCCAACGUAUUGGGCUACGUUAAUCACGCUGAAAUGGUGAUCUCUCGUAAAAUGGCUGGAUCAGUGGAAGUGGUUAGCAAGAUGUUAAACUCAAUCAAUGAAAGAAUUAGUGAAAAAUAUAAUCAAGACUUAGAAGACAUUAACGCUGAAAAGGGGAGAAAAAUGAUCGGCCAAUUGGAUCUAUGGGAUCUGCCAUACCUCAAGAGAAUAUCGAUAAACAGAAGGUUUGGUUCUAAAAUCGAUGUAUCCCGUUACUUCCCAUUGGACAAAGUGAUUUCUGGGACGUUUCAAUUAGUUGAAAAUAUGUUCGACAUUAAAAUCGAGCAAGUUGAUUCAAACAAAUGUCAAGUUUGGAGUCCACACGUGAAAUUUUACCGUCUCGUUGAUAGUAACUCAAAAAUUCUGGGCCACUUUUACUUUGAUCCUUAUUGUCAACGAGCCGACCGUUAUGGAUCUAAUAUUAUCGAGUUAACCAAUAGAACGAAAACUUUUGAAACUACUCCAUUGGUCGUAGCAUUUUUAUCGAAAAAACUUCCUAUUACAAAAGAACAACAAAUUCUUUUGUCUUAUCCAGAAUAUUUAAGUUUUCUAUCCAUGAUUGGUCGUAUUCUAACAAUAAUAACGUCACAACACAAUUACUUCGAACUGUCCACAAUUUACAACCUGCCCAAAGACCGAUUAGAUUCACUUGGACACGCGUUACUAUUGUAUGGACUUCACAAUCUAAAAGCGGUGCAACUUUGUAGUGCCAAUAUAACAAAUGGUGAACCUUUACCUGAGCAAACUCAUAAUCUUCUCAAAGAAUAUAUUUUAUCUUUCGAGAGUAUUGGAUUAACCAAUGAUAUCUUCUUGUCGGCUUUUGAUAUUGCCUUGUACACUAACACUGAAUUCUGGAGAGAGAUAUUACCGGAAGUAUGGCGGAAAUACAUGACGAAGUUUGAACUACCCAAGGAAUAUGCUUACCCUUUGUCUUUUAAUGAAAUCGUUUCAAAUGAUGGUGCUGCCGGUUAUUACUCGAAAAUUUGGUCUCAGAUGAUCGCUUCUGACAUUUGUGCGGCUUUCUUGGAGGGUGAAGCCAAUGGCGGACUAAAGGAAGUGGGCAAACAUUUAAGAAACACUAUUCUCUCAACCAAUUCAUCUCUUUUAAGUGCUGAACUAUUCCGUGAAUUUCGUGGUCGCGAUCCAUCAUUAGCACCACUUAUAGAAUUACAUGAUUUAACAGCAAAAGCCCGAAUCACACAAUCAUAAAACUGACUAGUCUUCAUGGAAACAAAAUUAAUAGAUUGUGAAUUAAUCAGUUCAUCAGCUAAUUUAAAAUGAAUGAAACUUUUUCUUUGUACAAAAUUUAACAAUAACAAAAAUCUGAUUAUCUAAUUAACAGACACUGAUUAUAGUUUGUUAAAUUUUAUUUGUAAAACUUUGGCUAAUCUAUUAGUAUAUUAAUGUGUAUUAUGUAUGUUAUUUUUAACUUCAAAUCAAGAAACAUGAUUAAUGUUGAUUAAAGAUCAGUGGUCAAAUUUGUAAAUGUGAAA